CCUGAGAUCGGCUAGGGGGAGCCGGUGAUCUCGUGGGGGCGGGAGUUGGGUGCAGUACUGCGCCAGAUUCAAGGGGGAGAGCUCCCCGGUCUUCUCGCUCUAUAAGGCGAGAGUGAGAAGAUCCUCAGGAUUUUGAAGAGGAGGAGUCGGCGGCGGCGGCGGCGGCGGAUUGCCAGGAUCUGUCAGAUCCCUGUCGAGGCUGGGGAGUCGCAGCUUCCAAUCCGGGGAGACGGGGAUCCCUGGGGGGAGCCCUGUUGUAAUCCCUGGGCCCAACACGGAGGACCCACAGGCCGGGCACCAUGGCGUCUAUCCUGGAUGAAUACGAGGACUCCCUUUCCCGCUCGGCCGUCUUGCAGUCCGGCUGCCCCAGCGUCGGCAUCCCCCACUCGGGAUAUGUGAAUGCCCAGCUAGAGAAGGAAGUGCCCAUUUUCACGAGGCAGCGCAUUGACUUUACCCCUUCUGAGCGUAUCACCAGUCUUGUCGUCUCCUGCAAUCAGCUCUGCAUGAGCCUGGGCAAGGAUACACUACUCCGCAUUGACUUAGGCAAAGCAAAUGAACCCAACCACAUGGAGCUGGGGCGCAAGGAUGAUGCCAAAGUUCACAAGAUGUUCCUGGACCCUACUGGCUCUCACCUGCUGAUCGCUCUGAGCAGCACUGAAGUCCUCUACGUGAACCGUAAUGGACAGAAAGUUCGGCCCCUGGCACGCUGGAAGGGGCAGCUGGUGGAGAGUGUGGGCUGGAACAAGGCCCUGGGUACCGAGAGCAGCACAGGCCCCAUCCUGGUCGGCACUGCCCAAGGCCAGAUCUUUGAAGCAGAGCUCUCGGCCAGCGAGGGUGGGCUUUUCGGCCCUGCCCCGGAUCUCUACUUCCGUCCGUUGUAUGUGCUAAAUGAAGAAGGGGGCCCAGCACCUGUGUGCUCCCUCGAGGCGGAGCGGGGCCCUGAAGGGCGUGGCUUUGUCAUCGCCACCACUCGGCAGCGCCUCUUCCAGUUCAUAGGCCGAGCAGCCGAGGGAGCUGAGGCCCAAGGCUUCUCGGGGCUCUUUGCUGCCUACACUGACCACCCACCCCCAUUCCGUGAGUUCCCCAGCAGCCUGGGCUACAGUGAGUUGGCUUUCUACACCCCCAAGUUGCGCUCUGCACCCCGGGCCUUCGCCUGGAUGAUGGGGGAUGGCGUGUUGUAUGGCUCGUUGGACUGCGGGCGUCCCGACUCCCUGCUGAGCGAGGAGAGGGUCUGGGAGUACCCAGAGGGGGUGGGUCCUGGGGCCAGCCCACCCCUGGCCAUCGUCCUGACCCAGUUCCACUUCCUGCUGCUGCUGGCGGACCGGGUGGAGGCGGUGUGCACGCUGACGGGGCAGGUGGUGCUGCGGGACCACUUCCUGGAGAAGUUUGGGCCACUGAAGCAUAUGGUGAAGGACUCCUCCACAGGCCACCUGUGGGCCCACACCGAGCGGGCCGUCUUCCGCUACCAGGUACAGCGGGAGGCCCGGGAUGUCUGGCGCACCUACCUGGACAUGAACCGCUUCGACCUGGCCAAAGAGUAUUGCCGAGAGCGGCCUGACUGCCUGGACACGGUCCUGGCCCGGGAGGCCGACUUCUGCUUCCGCCAGCAUCGUUACCUGGAGAGUGCCCGCUGCUACGCCCUGACUCAGAGCUACUUUGAGGAGAUUGCCCUCAAGUUCUUGGAGGCCCACCAGGAGGAGGCGCUGGCCGAGUUCCUGCAGCGAAAACUGGCCAGUUUGAAGCCUGCUGAGCGCACCCAGGCCACGCUGCUUACUGCCUGGCUGACGGAGCUCUACCUGAGCCGACUCGGGGCCCUGCAGGGUGACCCUGAGGCCCUGAACCUCUACCGGGAAACCCGGGAGCGUUUCCGCACCUUCCUAAGCAGCCCCCGCCACAAGGAGUGGCUCUUCGCCAGCCGGGCCUCCAUCCACGAGCUGCUCGCCAGCCACGGGGACACAGAGCACAUGGUAUACUUUGCUGUGAUCAUGCAGGACUACGAGCGCGUGGUGGCAUACCACUGCCAGCAUGAGGCCUACGAGGAGGCCCUGGCCGUGCUGGCCCGCCACCGUGACCCCCAGCUCUUCUACAAGUUCUCACCCAUCCUCAUCCGUCACAUCCCUCGCCAGCUGGUGGAUGCCUGGAUUGAGCUGGGCAGCCGGCUGGAUGCCCGGCAGCUCAUCCCUGCCCUGGUGAACUAUAGCCAGGGUGGCGAGGCCCAGCAGGUGAGCCAGGCCAUCCGCUACAUGGAGUUCUGCGUGAACGUGCUGGGAGAGACUGAGCAGGCCAUUCACAAUUACCUGCUGUCGCUCUAUGCCCGAGGCCAGCCAGCCUCGCUGCUGGCCUACCUUGAGCAGGCCGGGGCCAGCCCGCACCGGGUGCAUUAUGACCUCAAGUACGCGCUGCGGCUCUGUGCUGAGCAUGGCCACCACCAUGCUUGCGUCCACGUCUACAAGGUCCUGGAGCUGUAUGAGGAGGCUGUGGACCUGGCCCUGCAGGUGGACGUGGACCUGGCCAAGCAGUGUGCUGACCUGCCCGAGGAAGAUGAGGAGCUGCGCAAGAAGCUGUGGCUGAAGAUUGCUCGGCAUGUGGUGCAGGAGGAGGAGGAUGUGCAGACGGCCAUGGCCUGCCUGGCCAGCUGCCCCCUGCUCAAGAUCGAGGACGUGCUGCCUUUCUUCCCUGACUUCGUCACCAUCGACCACUUCAAGGAGGCGAUCUGCAGCUCGCUGAAGGCUUACAACCACCACAUCCAAGAGCUGCAGCAGGAGAUGGAAGAGGCCACGGCCAGCGCCCAGCGCAUCCGGCGAGACCUGCAGGAGCUGCGGGGCCGCUAUGGCACCGUGGAGCCCCAGGACAAAUGUGCCACUUGCGACUUCCCCCUGCUCAACCGCCCUUUUUACCUCUUCCUCUGUGGCCACAUGUUCCACGCUGACUGCCUGCUGCAGGCCGUGCGGCCUGGCCUGCCGGCCUACAAGCAGGCUCGGCUUGAGGAGCUACAGCGAAAGCUGGGCGCCGCUCCACCCCCUGCCAAGGGCUCUGCCCGGGCUAAGGAGGCCGAGGGGGGCGCUGCCACUGCGGGUCCCAGCCGGGAACAGCUCAAGGCUGACCUGGAUGAACUGGUGGCCGCUGAGUGCGUGUACUGUGGGGAGCUGAUGAUCCGCUCUAUUGACCGGCCCUUCAUCGACCCUCAGCGCUACGAGGAGGAGCACCUCAGUUGGUUGUAGGAAUGUGUCAACCCCGAUAGGCGGGCAGGCGGUCGGGGGCUGUCCCUUCUUGGGAAGGCCACAGCGUCACCUGUCCUUGGUCUCCUGGAGGCUGCUGGGCUGGGACUGUGGUGGGGGCAGUGGAACUAUAGCUGUUGUCCUCGAGGGGUGAGCUAUGAUUGCAUUCCGCCAGCUGCCUGUGCUGUUCUUCAGGGCUGCCUUAGAGCUGCUGUUUUGCCAGGCCGUCAGCCUGCUUCCCAACAGAGGGCCUUAGCCUGGAGAAGUCAGAAUUCUGACCCCAUUACCAUCCCCCCUGCAUCUAACAGCUCUUUCUUCCUUUUCCCUCCUCACACGCAUCAUGUUCUCUUUCUGGAGCACUACCUACCAUUAUUCCUUUUCACUCUGUGGCUCUUCUCCCUCAGAAGCCCUCUCUUCUGUCGGCUUCUAGGUCCCACAGGUGAAAAGACAACCCCUCCAAGUCCUGGGCAUGGGGUGGGGGGAAAUGUGGUGCCGAUGGUGGGCAUGCUCUUGUGCACACUGUCUGGGGCUCCAGUGUGAGGGGUACCCUGGGGCAGAGGGCCUCACGGAGGACAGUGGGAGAUGGUGAUGGGGUGGAGAGCAUUAAACUGUCUGCGCUGGUGACGGUGGAGUUGAUGGCUUUGUGUUGAUGCUGGGCAGAGUGGUGUGUGAGUGAUCUCCAAGAGGGGCUAGGGUGUCACGGGGAAGCUGCCAGGGCCCUGAAUGUUCAAGCCUUGGCCCUUGCUCCUUUUCCUGGAGAUGUGCAGGAUUAUUUUGCCAUUUUCUGCUCACUUCUUUGCCUUCCACUGUAUCCAUUCUGACUCCAGGCUUCGGUUGGGAAUUAGGGCCCACCCUCCCAAGUCUAGGAGCGGGGACUCUUCUUCCCUUUGGCCAGCAGGUGGUGUUGCUCCCCACAGAACCCUCCACACUCAGGCAGCAGGGGGGGCUGAUUUCUCAAGUCACUUUCUCCACUGGUGCUUCCUUGGUCUAUUCCCUCCCUAGUCGUUCCCAAGAGUUUUCUGGUAAUCGCCACUGCCUAACCAUAAAUCUAAGCCCCUCAUUCUUCCUCCCUCCACUGGCCCUUACGCAUGCUAGAUUUUGCUUGCCCCUCUCUUGGCCAGCCUGCAUCCCUCCCUUCUCAACUUCUGCCCAGUUUUGAUACUGCCCUACCACUGUCUGGCAUUUAACCAUGAUUUUUUUUUUUUUUUUUUUUUUUGGCCAAGCUGCGUGGCAUGAGGGAUCUUAGUUCCCCGACCAGGAAUCAAACCUGUGCCCCCUGCAUUGGAAGCGCAUAGUCUUAAUCACUGGACCACCAGGGAAGUCCCUUAACCAUAAUGUUGAGGUCCAACAUGGAGGCGAGACUACCACUGCCACCAUCCAUGGCAUUUGGCAGAUAAUGUUUUCUUCCCGUCUAUCUCCUUUGACCUGCCCAUCCCCCCAGCUUACAGUUCUUUAGUUGUGGCUCGAGGCUAAGCCCUAGGGAGUCCUGAAGCAGGGCCUUCCUGUGACACCAGCUGAGCACCCUUUGCUCCAUGGACUGGUGUUCACAGUCCACUGCCCAGGUUUAUGGGUGUGGUCUAUCAGCCGCCCAGACUGAAACAGAAUACCAAGUGAGUGUUCCUGGAAUCAGGCUGGGGUCAGGUCACCUGGCUAGUGACUGCAGGCUUCUCUCUUGCCCCUGCAGCCUAAUCCUCUUCCAAGACUUUUAUCUUCUGCAGCCCUGGGAGAAUCUUGCCCUGCUUAUUCUUUUCCAGCCACUAGAACAACGGGGUCUCUUCAUGGCCCCUGCCAAGGGAUAGGGCCAGAAGCUGCCCAUCUUUGAUGAGCCUCAGACUCCCCAUCUUGCCCCAGAAGCCAGAGUGAAAGCAAAUGGGGGGUAGGGUCCCACUGGGUGAGUAGAGGGCAUCCUAAUCCUGUUCCAUUUCCCCCGUUCCAGGAAGAUUUGGAGGGCUCCUGCUCCCAUGUGGCCUAAGGCUCCCCUCACACCUAGACAUGCCCAGUAGAGGGUUCAGGGUCGUAUUCCCCACUGUCAGUGAGUACUAGGUAUAAACCUUGGCCCACCACUGCUGGCAUGGUCACUUGCUUACUUGGAACAGCUUGGGGCUUCUGUCUUUGCACAUAAUGGGUGCCUAAUACAUGUUAGUUAAACAGACACUGCCCUAUUGCUCCCUCCUCCCAGAGGACUUGGCUAAGACAGCUUGGGACACCCCUGCCCCUUCUGUCUUCUCUUAAGUCUGCCCAUCUGGUCCUAGGCCGCUUCCUCUUUCCUGGAAAAAGGCUCCAGUCUUCUCUGGCACUGACAGAAUGGGGUUCCGUUGAGUCAGGGCAACGGGAAGCCACAGCGCUUAGAUCCCUGGAAACCAAGCAAGGCCUGGAGUGGAGGGGAGAGAGACGGCCCUCGGGGCCUUGGCCCUAAGCCUGGGGGAGGGCCAGGAGGGGGUGGGGUGGGGGAGCAGCUACGUGGGUAGGGGCCAAGAUGAAUGAGCUGCUCCUGGAGCGGUCACUGGAAAUAGGAGGAGUGGCCACAGGCAGUGACGCUGGGAUCAGGGCAGGAGGCCUGUAAACAAGGAAGCCACCUGGGGGAGAUGUAGGGCGGCCACUGGUCCUGGGGAGCAGGUGCUUCCUGAGGCCCGCCCUUGAGAGGGCCCUGGGGGGCCGCCUGGCCGUGUCAGCGGUGGGCACUAGGGGGCGCUGUCUACUGGCUUCCUGAACUCUCCGGCUCCUUUCCUCCGCUCCAGGGGGGAGUGGCCCCCAGAGGGUGUGCCCGCCCUACGUCUGAGGCCCGGGUGACCCGCCCGCCGCCCUUCUCCUGUCCCCAGGGCAGACUGGCCAAAGGCACCAACCCUGGCAGGGAGGGCGCAGGGCUCAGAGCCUGGCCAGCCCCGGCGUGAGCUCAUUCCCCCAGGACCACCAACUCCCGCAGUUCCUGCGCAGCGCCCCCCUGCCCCGAGCUCGGGUCACAGGCCGGGCACCCCAACCCCAUUGGUUGGGAGGGGGCCUCCAGGCUCCAGGCUGCCCUUGGCGCUGGCCCCCCUGGCGCCAGGGAAACAAAAGGUUAGGGGGCCGAGAGGGAGUUAUCGGGCCCCGCCACUACCACCGGGGGAGGGAGAAGGGGAGGGGGCCACGAGGGGCGCACCUCCUCCCCACUGCCCCAGCUCUGCAGAUUCUUCGAGACACUUUCACAGGCGGAAAUUCCCAGAGGUCAGAGGAGGGAAACGGUUAAUUCCUUUUAUUCAAUGGGUCCCCCCUACACGCCUCCCCCCAGCUUCCUCCCUCCACUUCCCGCCCCCCCCUGUGUGAACAGGAAGUGGAGAGGAAAAGGCUCUGAGCGGAGCAGCUGGGAGCAGGAGGCAGGGAGUGGGCGGCAGGCUUGGUGCCAGCCCUGCCCCUCACGGUUACUUGCUGGAGGGCCAGACCCACUGUGGCCUGGGAAAGAACCUGCAGUCCCGCUGGCGGGUGGCAGCAGAGCCGGGAAACAGCCUUGUGUCGGAGCCCCCUUCCCUCAGCCUGCUUCCAGGUCAGAGGCUGCUGCACUGAGGGCGCAAAGCAUCCUCUGCCCAAGACCCAGCUGCCUUUGCCACUGCAGCCCCACCCCCACUGAAGGCUGGGCAUCCCGAGGCUGGCAGGCAUCUCUUCAGGCAGCCGUCAGCCCUGGCAGUGGCUCCAGCCACUCAGCCCCUUGGCCCUGCCAGUUCUUUGAAGCUCAUGCAGCGCUUCCUGUUUGGGGCAGGCGAUGCCAGGGCCCCUCCCCCACCAUUGUUCUGUAGAGACCAUAGGUCCAUCUGUUGCCCCAUGGUGGGGCCCCUAGGGAGUGCCACAGGGGAGCAGCCCCACAAAGGACCCUGCUGGCAGCUUUACUUACAUGGAGCGAGGCUGGACCCUGCAGCAGGUUGAGGGUGAAUGGUGGUCAGAGUCAGGCCCGGGUUCUAGUCCUUGGGCCACCUUCAGCUUUCUCCUCCACCUGGACCAUGGAGAUGACGAUAUUCAGGGAGCUAUACAUGCUGAAGCCACCAGGAGAGGGACACCAUUCUUAUGCCCAGAUUCCAAAAGGGAAAAGUGAGGCAGAGGGACAAACUUUGGGUGGGGAUGGGCCAUAAGAGGGGCACAAAGUAGGGUUCUUCUUUCAAGGGGAUUAGCCCCUGCUCGCUGAAUGCCCCCUAUUGGGUGCUUUCCUCUCCCUGAGCAGCUUUGCCUUUUCUCAGCUUUCACCUUGAAGUAGCCCUUGAGCUGAGCAGUAGAAGCCAUGAGGUCAUGGGAGGUUAGGGUGGCCCUAGGUUGGUGACCAGCAACCGAUGUCCACUGAGAACAAGCCCGGGCAGGCCUGGCAGAAAAGGAGAAAGGGGCAUUGGUUUGGCCCCCAGGGAGGUGGGUGCUACUUCUGGUUUCCAGGCUGCCGUGGCCAAAGGUCUAUUUGUGUUUCCCAGGUGGAGAGGCAGGUGCCGUGUAUCUCCAGCUCACCUCCUCUGCCGAGGCCUGGUCUCAUGGCUCUGACCUUGACCUGCUUCCUCCCGCAGGGUUAGGGCCCCAGACAUGGUCUACUCCAUUUCCCUCACCAGAUCCUCUGGCUUCUCUCCCCAGCCUGGGACCUGAAACUGCCUAGAUCACAGCUCCCGGAGGGUCAGAGCUGCAGAGACCUCAGAUCGAGGCCAUAGAGUGCUGUGGGACCUUUAUUCGAAUAAAAACAUCCCUUAUGGAUGUCCAAUACCUGAAAUUGAUAUGCUGAGCAUCCCUGGUGGGAGCUGGGCUGGCAGAGGGCGGGGAACACCUUAUUCACUGUCGUUUCCUCCUCCAUCCCAAUUUCUAUGAGAUGCGAGGAUGCCCAGGAACCAAGUUUGAAAACCACUGAGCUGCUGAUCCCACCUCCUGAUUUUACAGAUGCUGAAGAGAAAUUUGUGGCUGACAUGAGGCUCCAUCCAGGAUCCGGUCCCUUCUCCAUGAGAUUCAGCAUCGGUCAGCAAUGAUCCCGCGUCCCCUGGGAGCCAGACACGGUCCUAGACCCUUCGUUGUGCUUGCUUUCCAUCUCCAGUCAAGUGGGUUGAGCUGAGGGACAGGGAGGUGAUCUGGAAAGAGCAGUCUCUGCUCUGUCAUUUACCAGCUGUCAGUUUAAUCACACCCUCAGAACCUCCAUUUCUUCACCUGUAAAAUGUGAAUAAACACAGCAGACCUUGAGAGGCUCACAUGAACUUUAGGGAGAGCAGUGCAGCACAUCUGUGGUUAGCCCGGGGCCUGGCACCCACACAUCCCUGAUGGCUUGCUUCUCCUCCACUUUACUCUGUGUCUGUUCCUCUAGGGCUGGGACCUGAGCCCUAUCAUGGUUCUCUCCUCACAAACCCCUCUGAUCUCCUCGUGGGAAAUCAGAGUGGAAUUGGAAGAAAGAGGCUUACUUGAGAAGGUUUUUCUGGUUUCUCAAAAGAUGGUCGUUCUGGGGAAGAGAGGUUCAGGAUGAGUAUGAGAGAGGAAGCACUCAGGCAUAUAGAAUGUGGCCACUGAGGUGGGACAGGGGUGCUACCUUGGGGGACAGGGUCCUGGUUUCCCGGAGGAGAGAGGGCACUACUCCAGCUCCAGGGGACAGUUAGGAGAGGCUGAGGGGACUGGGCCAGGCGUGGCUCCUCUGCCAGCCUGCCCUUAUGGUCCAGCCCAGAGCUUGCACAACAGCCUGGCUGGCUGGCACUCCCCUGAGAGCCUCAGGAAGUCCCCCUUGUCCCCCCCCUUGACCUUUGACCCUUUGGGCCUGCUGCAGGCCAGAAUUCCAGGCAGCUGUCCUCCCUUUUACCUUCUGUUCCUGGCCAUUUCCCUUUAAGGCUGGAACUCAGAGACACCCCAGACCCCCACCUUACAGCUCAUCUUUUCACAUGCUCUCAGUACAGACCAGCUGGAGCCUCCCCUAGGGCAGCUCCCUCUGUGAGCCAGUGGGGACCCUUGGCCACAAGCCAGCAGGAUCCUUGGAGUCCGAAGGGCCCAAGCCUUAUAGGAGAGCCCCCCAACAAGUGCUCCUGAACUCCAGACAUCCACCCAGGUGCCAUGCCCAACUUUAUCCCUGUCUCAAAGUCCAGGUGGUGAAGCCAGCAACAGCAGACAGAGCCCCUCCUCCUCUGCCGCCAUCCUCUGAGCAAAGUCAGAAGAGCCCUUGAUACUGUUCCACAUUAAACCAUGCUGCGCCUCACGGCACUCGUCUGCGCAAUCAAAUAAUUCCCUUUGGUUUUUCUAGUGGACUUUUUGCUUUUAUUUUUUAGUGUUUCUCGGCCCUUUUUUUUUUUUUUUAAGCAAUCAGUCUAAAUUUGUCAUCGCACAUCCCCCAUUUCCGCCCCCAAUGGCCUCCUUUUCAUCCCCUGGAAUCUGGAAACCAUAUGUGUGGGCAGAAAGCCCCCAGCAUCCCCCGCAGCACCCUGGCUCGUCCUGACCUCCUCAGGGGCAGCCUGUUAGCUGCGGGAGAGUCUAGGAUCCAGGCUGGGGCUGGAAAGGGAGUUUCUCUUUGGACGUUCCCAGCUCAAGCCAUGGAGAAGCCGUGUGGUCUAGUGGUUAGGGCUGGAACACACGGGUUCUGUCCCCAGCAAUCUCUUUGACUAACGCUAGAAGCCUGGGAAAGUCCCCUUGGUACCCACGGGACUCAGUUUCCCCACGAGCUGAGAGGCUCAGACCUUCACCUGCUAGCUCAUCUCCUAUCUGCCUUGGUAAAAGAGUUUUUGAUCCAAAACUUUUGCUCUGUCACUUACAAGCUGUGUGACCUUGACAAAUGGCUUAAUCUUUCUGAACCUCAAUUUCCUCAUCUAUAAAUUAGAGAUUAUUAUUCUGCCUAUCUCCCGGUUUUAGAGCUAAAUAAGAAAACAUACUCUCAAGGGCCUAGUGUCAGGCAUGCUGUAAAUAAAAAGCUCAAUAAACAGUAGUUGUUAUUGUUAACAAUAAGUAGACAUACAUAAUGAGAUGGGAGUGUGUUCUCAGCAGGCACUGCUCUGAGGCCCAAUCUGCCCCUGCCUCUCCUGCUUAGGCUGCCUGUCUGGACCUUCCUCGGGCCUCCUCCAGCUCUAGAAAGGGCAGGGAUGCGUUACCAGUAGCUGUGGAUCAGGGCCGAGGCCCUGCUGCUCUUCCCUGUCUCCAUGACAACCCCAGCCCCUCCCCUCCUUCCUUCCUCGGGAGCUUUCUGUUUACUGUAAACAGCUGCCCCAGCUCUGCCCUAGCUGAUCCCGCCCAGGGCCAGCCAGACCCUCUCUGAACUGGGCACUGGUUUGAUGUGUGAAGGUCUGGGCACAGCGUCUGGGCUCCACACAGCCUUGAACAGGCUCUUCUUUGCCACCUUGACUGGAGGGGAGGGAGGGAGGGGAAGAGCCUGUCUGUCACCUCAGACUAGGGCAGCCAGAGCCUCAGAGACAAGGAGCAGAUAGAGCGUAACUGAGGAGGACCAUGCUGAGAGAGCCUGGUAGAGAGACCUCUGGCUUGGCCUUGGACUGACCUGGGUUCAAAUCCUCGCCUGGAUUUGCUCACUGUGUGACUUCAGGCUGAUCAUUUAACUUCUCUAAAUUUCACUCCGUUUAUUGAUUUGUAAAAUGGAGAUUAUAACACCUUCCUCAGAGGAUUGGUUGCUAUGUAGAUUGGUGAUAGUGCAUGUAUAUUAUCAUGGCAUGUUGCUAGCCUGCAUUGAUGGUGGCUGGAUUUAUUAUUUCACCUCUCAGAUGCUCUCAUGCUCAGGGACCUUGCGUGAGUCCCCCGCCUCACACGCCUCAAUCACACUAGCCUGCAAGCAUGUGUAUAUAUACACGCAGCAAACGCAUACAAACCAGGUAAUGAAAUGAAACUCACGAGUGUCUGAGGCACAAGAGAAUCUUCAUGAAAGUGGAGGAAGAGUCUAGCUGUUUCCUAAGCCAUUACUUGGGCCUAAGUGAGCCGACACUGGAGCUGGGACAUCUGUGUGUACCACCAUCACCAGGUCGCCACAACUGUCUAAUUCUCUCUCCAAACAGCCCCCAGGAUCGCACGCACCCCCCUUGCCCAGCUGACCACAGUGCAGGAAGACAGGGAAUGCUGUUAGGGUAUGGCUCCCCUUUCCUGGGGAUCAAGCUUUCAGGGCAAGCUGUCUGGGACAUGAGGCUCCUGGCUCCCAGCUCCCGAGGGGCUCACAUUGGUUCCUUCGACUCUCCAGCACCUUUGGAAGUACCGGCCAGUUAGCGGAGCCUUAAAGGCCCCCAGACACUCCUGCAGGCAGCCCACUGAAGAGCCCACCACACUGAGAGGUGAAGGUAGGAGAGCCCCUCUCAGAGCUCACCAUCCACUUUGCAGGAGGGUACAGGGUUGAGGUGGGGGCUAGUUUUCUUAAUACAUUUGCAAACCACAGACAAUAGAGUCACUCACAGCCAAAGCCCUUCUAUUUGCUGUUGUUGCGAACUUUAAAAGAAACUUGGGGAAUUCCUUGGUGGUCCAGUGGCUAAGACACUGCGCUCCCAGUGCAGGGGGUCUGGGUUCGAUCCCUGGUCAGGGAACUAGAUCGAUCCCACAUGCCAUAACUAAGAGUUUGCAUGCUGCAAGUAGAGAUCCUGCCUGCCGCAACUGAAGAUCCUGCACGGGGUGACGAAGACCCCAUAUGUUGCAACUAAGACCUGGCACAGCCAAAUAAUAAAUAAAUA